AUGGCCAAAGUCAUUCUCUCAAUCAACGCUGGCUCAUCCUCCGUCAAGGUGUCCGUCUUCAGAGGAAGCUCCAAAGAUGCUGAGCCCUCCCAGCUUGCCGAAGUGUCAGUUGCUGGAUUGACUGCACCUCCCUCGACCCUGACAUACAAACGCGGAGAUCACAAGAUCAAGGACGAGGAGAUUGAAGGGGUAAGCACGCAGGAAGAUGCAUUCAAGUACAUUCUUGAGCACCUCCUGAAUGAUAAAGAUCUGCCCGAGCUCAAGAACAAGGAGGACAUUGAGUUCGCAUGCCACAGAGUUGUCCACGGAGGAGACUUUGACAAGCCUACACGAAUUGACAAGGAGACUUAUCACCACAUCGAAGAGCUUUCUGAUCUUGCACCUCUCCAUAACGCAGGUGCCUUGACCAUCGUCAAAGCUGUUCAUGAGCAACUACCUAAGGCAACCAACAUUGCUUUCUUCGAUUCAGCGUUCCACUCUUCGGUGAGUUUGAAUCACAAGAGGAAACAAGAAUUCGGUCUGAUGUUUCAUGUCAUAGNNAUCCCAGAGCACGUCCGGACAUACCCCAUCGACCAAGAGCGAGCAAAGCACAACAAGCUUCGCAAGUAUGGCUUCCACGGUCUCUCAUAUGCAUUCAUUACCAGAUCAGUGGCCGAGUCGCUUAACAAGCCUGUCGACUCUCUCAACAUAAUCGCUCUCCAUCUUGGAAGUGGUGCCUCUGCAUGCUCCAUCGUCAACGGAAAAUCCUUCGACACUACCAUGGGCUUGACACCCUUGGCUGGUCUUCCCGGUGCAACCAGAUCAGGCUCUGUCGAUCCCAGUCUGAUAUUCCAUUUCACGCACACUGCUGGAAAGCCCAGUCGCAGCAGCACUAAGGAUCUGCACAUCACCGAGGCCGAGGAGAUUCUCAACAAGAAGAGUGGAUGGAAUGCUAUCGCCGGCACCACUGACUUUGGCGUGAUCAGCUCAAAGGCAGAGCAAGGUGACAAGGCAUGCCAGCUCGCUUUCGACCUGUUUGUCGACAGAAUCCUGGGUUUCGUUGGUGGCUACUACGUCAAGAUGGGCGGUAAGCUCGAUGCUCUGGUGUUUGCUGGUGGUAUUGGAGAGAAAGGCAGUCAACUUCGUGCUCGUGUGGUCGAGCACUUGAACUGCCUUGGUCUCGAGCUUGACGAAGCAAAGAACAAGAAACCCGAUGACAAGGAAGUGGUGGACAUUUCGAAAUCUGGAUCCAAGCACAAGGUCCUCAUCUGUCAGACGGACGAACAGACCGAGAUGGCAAGGCAAUGUGUGCAGAACGCGGACGACUUCCGCAAGCAAGCCUAA